AUCAUCGCAAAGGCAGCGAGAAUUUACGCAUUUAAGCGGAAAUUAGUCAAGUCAAUAAAGUGAAGUUCUGUGAACAACACUAAGAACCCAAUUAAAUUAAAAACAAAACAAAAAAAUCCCCCAUAGAUACUUUGUACAAACAGACGCCGAACAUGAUCGAGAGACGCAGUCAGCUGGAUAAGAUAAUUAUCACAGCCAUGGACCGUUUUGUCUGGUUUGUGCUGCUGGUGGUCAUGACGCACCUGGUCACCGAAUUUACGCGCGUCACCGGCUAUGCGAGAGGACAACGCCACGAGCUGGUGCUCAUCAACGAUACUCUGCUGCAGCCGAUGCCCGUGCAGAAUAUGCUGCUCUAUCCUAGUCAGGAAUAUGCCAACUACGAUCGUCCCCAGUCCGCAGUCGGCGGUGGCAACAGCAUCCAGCAGAAUGCGGCGCUGAUGCUGGGCAAUUUGGCUGGUGGCGGUGGUGGCGGCAGCGGUGCGGUCGGAGGCAACAAUGCUGCCGAGCCGAGCUACCCGUUUUUUAGCCUGCGGCCAUUAAUUGACAGCAUUUUCGAGAUACCGAUUUCCACUUUGCGCGCCGUCAACAAUCUGGUGGGUCGCCUCACCGGCAGCUAUCGGCAGGCGCCGGCACCGGAUGAGAUGCAGAAAUCGGUGGCCAUAGAGGCGGACGCACCACUGCGCCUGCCGGCGGCCCAUCCAGUCGCUGUGCCCGGCAACUUUGGGCUCUCAGCAGCAACAGCAACAACAACAACAACAACGGGCACAGCUAAGCGCCAGCAAAUGCGCGAAGAGCUGGCGUAGUUGAAACAGAACGAAACAAAAAAAAAAAAAGAAACAAGCCACUUGACAUUUACAUUUACGUUUACAUUGUUCGUAAUUAGUUUGUAAUUCAACUUUGACCUUUGGCCAAGCAAGGGCAAGGCGCACACGUUUCUCAGUGUUGUGCGUUAAAUUGGCAUUUCUAUUAUUUAGUUUACUUAAACCUGUAAGUGUUUGUGAUUGUUUUAUUGUUUUUGCAUGUGUGCUUGUGUCUUUAUAUUGUUAGUUCUUAAAUGUUGUCGUUUUUAGUGUUGAAUUUGUGAUAUAUGUAAAAUUGUUGUAAGACUAAUUUAACUGUAUUUAUAUAACAUUCAUAAAAAAAAAAACAAUAAAAUAUAUGUGUAAAAUUUAA